AAGAAAGUCAAAUUCAGUUGCUUGAAUAAAUCGAAUGUGAGAAGAUAAUAAAAGCGGUUAAACUUUUGUAGUUAAUAACAAGUAAAAGUUGAUUUCAAUACGCCUAGUUUGCAAAAACAACAAAAAUAAUGUGCAAAUUGAAAUAAUAAAUUCAUAUUUAUGUCGGAAGAGUGUUUUUUAACUGAUAUUUUGUUAAAAAAGCAGCAAAAUAAAGUACAUAAAGUAUCGAGAUUGACAACGGGACCAAAAACGGAGAUUAUUUUGCGCAAUGUUGGUGCAUCCUUUGAGUGUUGCAUUGUGUGUUUGUUUGGUUUCUUAUUAAUGUAAUUAAAUCUUCUGCAAGAUUAUUGUGUGAUUUUGAAAUUAAAAAACAUGGCAUUUUAAAGCUUGGUUUGCCAGCUAAAAUAAAUUGUGCGAUACGAAAAUUAAUUUUGUAAUAAUUUACGUGUUACAGCAUGCUGGUGUUUCGAUGUAAUCGACUCAUUAUAAAAUCAAUCUGAAGUUAUAAGACGCAACUAAACUUGAUACUUGAGUUGCUGUGAUAAUUGUCUUAUAAACGUAGAAAUACAAAAGGCAUGUGUGUGCAUAUUUAUUUGUAUGUGUAUGUGUUUAAACGCUGCUAUUGCAUUCGCAAAAGAAAGUGAAUUGGAAACGUUUUGAGUGCUUCUUGGCUGUGCACAAAUUGUGACGAAAGAAAAAGCGAAACAAAGGCUGUUGUGGAAAGCAAAACAAAAAUACAUAAAAUAAAUAAAUAAAAAAGUCAGGGCCGUCUCCCAUCGACGCAAAACGUACAGGCCUUCGCAGGCGCAGCGCAGAUGGCAAGCCACAGACAGAUACAACACAAUACAAACAUAUUUACAAGUAAAUAAAUAUAUAAACAUCAAGCGAGGUGUGCGCACCAACGGAGGCUGCGUAUGGCUUUGUUUUGUAUAUGACAGCACUGCGCUAAAUUGAGUGAAAUAUGAAAAUUGACAUGUUUUCGUUUUAUAAAUAAAACCAAUUAGAUGUCAGUAUUUCGUAUGAAACCGGCGCGGUAUUUCAAGAAUUCGUACAAACACAUUUCUUUUCAUAAUUUUGCUUGACAUAUUCUCUUCUUGCUCAGUUGAGUUGUUUUCAAAAAAUAAAUGCAUAAUUCAGUACUCCAAUUGGCGUAAACAUUCCAACAUACAAAUGUAUAUAUGUAUGUAUGUGUGACCACAUAUAACCAAAAAUUAAACUAAUUCCCAAAUAAAAAACAAAAACAUGAAUGCGACCUUGAACUUUAACGCGAUUACAUCAAGUGGGCGGCCACAAUGGUCACUGCAUCAGCCAAACAAAAACAGCAAGGCGGCAUACUACAGCGUACCCCAAGUUGUCACCCACACCACAACAGCGACAACAAGCAGACAUAACGCCCAAAGCGAAAGUGAUAACGAAGAAAGAACGGAGAAUGCAUACGAGCGCACUAAAGAUUCCUACACUUGUAACAGCACACCUACCCGCGCGCCGGCAAACUUCUUCGACGACGACCGUGUACUUUUAGAAAGUGCUUACCGUUCCAGCGCCAACUAUAAUGCAUUUCCGCCAAAGUCUUUGCAUAAAAGUAACAGUUAUAGCGGUAGUAUACGCCCCAAAACGAUCGUGCUCAAACAAAAUUACCCCAAUGGACGCAUUGCUACUAGUCUAACGGACGAUGAAAUUGUCAGCAGCAGUUAUAGGGGGAUAGUGUAUGCAGCGACCUCAACCAGCCUCGAACUCACCUCCAACACACUCAACAACUACGACAACGAUGCGACCGUCGAUCUUGACGACGAAAACGAUCUGCUUAUGCCGCCAACUGCUAACGCCUUCGGCGGCGUUGACGCCAGCUAUAGCAGCAGCGCAACCGGUACACGUCGCAAUACACGUGGUGCGAUUAAGGCGCGCAAUCGCAAUUGGUGUAGUCGGAAAAUUGUCAUUGGUUUCCUCUUGUUGCUGCUCGCAAUUGUAGCAUUUUUAUGUUUUGCCUAUCUGACGCGUGAUUACACAAAACAAUUUCUGCUCUGGAUCGAAAUGCAAAAUCCCUGGGUCAUAGUGUCGAUACUGUUGGUCUCGUUCAUGGUGGUCAGCUUUCCAAUAAUAGUUGGUUACUUUGUGUUGAUGCUUACUUCCGGUUACCUGUUUGGCGCCAUAAAGGGCAUCCUGAUCAUUAUAACGGGCGCUAAUGUGGGUAUAGCCAUUGUGCAUUGGACUGUGCGUAGUUUCCGACAUCGCAUCCCAAUUCAUAAAAUAAUUAAAAAUGAGACUGCACGCGCUAUACUGCGCGUCAUAUCGGGACCAAAGGCCUUCAGAGUCGUGCUCUUUACGCGCUUAACGCCCAUUCCGUUUGGCGUGCAAAAUAUGAUUUUUGCGGUUAGUACAAUUAACCCACGUGUCUAUCACACGGCCUCACUUAUAGGACUGCUGCCGGCGCAGAUUAUCAACGCGUAUUUGGGCUCAACUUUGCGUUCAAUGCAGGAAGUGCUUAGCAACCAUGGCACGGCGGUGACAGGUUACAUCAGUUUCGGACUGGAGGUCAUUUGCGGUGUGGCGCUCAUGGUUUGGGUUAUACAAAAAGCGCGCAAGGAAUUGGCUCAAACGCUACUCUCCGAAGUCGGCAACGAUGGCAAACUGAUCGAAAUCGAUGUGUGAUUCUUGUACCAUUAUUUCAUGUACAAACCAGCGGCAUGUUAGUAUGCGCUUCUAGCGCCGUCGAGCAGUAUUCACUUUGCAAUAUGAAUAACCACUAAAUGCUCAAAUCAAGCUCGAAAACCAAGGCUGGCUAUUGCCAGCUUUAGGGUAUGACUACUACAUACUUCCUGUAAACGUUUGUGAAAACGUUAAACGCUCACUAUUAUAUACAUACAUACAAAUGAAAGACUAUUUUAUAAAAAAAAAAAAGAAUUGCUCUCUUAUUUUGAAAAGCAAAUUAUUUAUGUAUACUUUUUUUCGUUUUAGUUCGUAAAAACAUACUUAUGAAAAUUGUUAUAUUAUACAAAAAAAAUUAUAAUUAGUAAUAAAAAAAUGAAUAUACGAGCAUAUUUUGUAUAUUUCGAAGUAAAGCCAAAUUAAUGUUGUGUAUUUGUAAAAAAAAAUCGCGUAAUACAUAUAAUUUUGUACAUAAAAAUGAUAUAACAAUAAUAUAUUAAAUAGCAAGUAAUCGUACAUGAUAGCAAUAGAUCUGCAUUAAAGACAAGUAUUAGCCAAAAAUUAUGCAUAAUACAUUACGUUUAACGAUUUAUAAAAAUAUUUUUAAAAAUAUUUUUUCAUAAAAAAUGCGCUUAAAUUUUUGAUAGAUUGCAUUUUUUGUAUUUUUU